GAAUUGAAUUAAUUAUAAAAUGCAAUUGAGUAGGUUUCUAGGUAUAAAUAGAAAGUGUUUCACUGUUUAGUUGACUAGUUGAUUAAAAAGUGUUUUAAUUAUGAAGAAGAUAUUUUUUUCACUAUUAAUCGCUACUGCAAGUUGGCAGGUUAUAGAGGGGAUGACAGAAAGUGAUGCUAUCGGGGCACUGGAAAGUUUUGGUGAUAAAUGUGACCCCAAGCCAAAUGAAGAUGAUUACAAAAAUAUUAUACGAAAUUCUGAGGAUGUUCCACAGAGUACAAAAUGCUUCCGACACUGUCUUAUGGACCAAAUGAAUAUGCUUCAAGAUGAUUGUAAAUUAGAUGCUGAAAAACUUGCCGAUCUUACAUCAAUGGCUUUUGAUGGAAAAGAGGACGAAACUAUUGAAAUAGCACAUCUAUGCAAUGGUAAAGUGGUAUGCAAAGACAAAUGUGAAGCUGCACAUGAUUAUGCUAUGUGUAUAAUUAGUGAACUUAAAACUCGAGGAUGGCCAUUGCCUGAGUUAGAUAAAGAAGAAUAAAAAGGACUUAAGUAUAUGAACAAAAUCCAAACGCAAGAACACUGGCAUAUUUUUUGACUACAAUUUACUGUUUUAUUCAUAAAGUAUUUUAUAUAUUCUUGUAUAUAUAUAUAUAUUUUUGUAAAUGACCCUAGUGCAAAAUAAAUGGAUCAUCAAGUUCCUUAAAGGAUU